UUGCUACCAUUUGCAUACAACGCUAUUGAUCGUGCAGCAAUCGAUCAAACCAUCGGAACCGUCUGGUGGUUGAACGGUGAGCGAGCAAAUUUCGAAGGUUGCGUAUUGAUCGUUCGUGCUUUCGGUCGUAGUCUAAUUCCGGUUACAAAUCCGUGGUACACACCCGACGCCGCAGUAGCAAUGGUCGCCGCCUACUCGCCGUUCACUCGAAAGGAUUGGGGUCUGAUCGCCUUGGCAGCAAUCGUCCCGUACGGCUGCAGCUACCUCACGUACGUCUAUGCGAAGGACUGGGAGCCCAUGCAGUGGUACAAGGUGCGUAUGAGGUUCGAUAUGGUUCAGCAAAGCUAGAC